GUGAUUUUUGGGGCAAGGACUGGUGAUUUUGGGGGCAGAAAUUUGUGAUUUUUUGGGGCAAGGACUGGUGAUUUUUGGAGCAGAAAUUUGUGAUUUUUGGGGCAAGGACUGGUGAUUUUUGGGGCAGAAAUUUGUGAUUUUUGGGGCAGGAACUGAUGAUUUUUGGGGCAGGGACUGGUAUUGUUUGGUACCAGUGAUUUUUGGAGCUGUGCAAAGCAGGACUUGCACGGUUCGAUGUGCUGGAGGUUGAUGCCAUUAAGAGAGAAACUUUGCACGCCGUGAUUGAAUUUAAAAGAAGAUUUUUUUUGUGGGAGCAAGAACCGGAUUUGAAUUUUUGGAUUUUCCAUCCCCACCCCUGAACCUGCAGAGUGUGCUGGAGCCUGAGUGAGCCCCGAAAGGGUUAAAGGGUUAAAGGUUAAAUGUUAAAGGGUUAAAGGGUUAAAUGUUAAAGGGUUAAAGGGUUAAAUGCUAAAGGGUUCAAGGGUUAAAUGUUAAAGGGUUUAAGAGUUAAAUGUUAAAUGUUAAAGGGCUAAAGGGUUAAAUGCUAAAGGGGUAAAGGGUUAAAUGUUCAAGGGUUAAAGGGUUUAAGGGUUCAAGGGUUAAAUGUUAAAUGUUAAAGGGUUAAAUGUUGAUGGGUUCAAGGGUUAAAUUCUAAGGGGUUCAUGGGUUAAAUGUUCAAGGGUUAAAGGGUAAAAUGUUAAAUGUUAAAGGGUUAAAGGGUUAAAUGUUACAGGGUUCAAGGGUUAAAUGUCAAAGGGUUCAAGGGUUAAAUAUUCAAGGGUUAAAGGGUAAAAUGUUAAAUGUUAAAGGGUUAAAUGUUCAAGGGUUCAAGGGUUAAAGGGUUAAAUGCUAAAUGCUAAAGGGUUCAUGGGUUAAAUGUUAAAGGGUUAAAUGUUAAAUGUUAAGGGGGUAAAGGGUUAAAUAUUGAAUGUUAAAGGGUUCAAGGGUUCAAGGGUUAAAGGGUUAAAUGUUAACGGGUUCAAGGGUUAAAUGUUAAAUGUUAAAGGGUUAAAUGUUAACGGGUUCAAGGGUUAAAUUCUAAGGGGUUCAUGGGUUAAAUGUUAAAGGAUUCAAGAGUUAAAGGGUUAAAUGUUCAAGGGUUAAAGGGUUAAAUGUUCAAGGGUUCAAGGGUUAAAGGGUUCAAGUGUUAAAGGGUUAAAUGUUAAAGGGUUAAAGGGUUAAAUGCUAAAUGUUAAAUGCUAAAGGGUUCAUGGGUUAAAUGUUAAAGGGGUAAAGGGUUAAAGGGUUAAAUGUUGAAUGUUCAAGGGUUCAAGGGUUAAAGGGUUAAAUGCUAAAGGGUUCAAGGGUUAAAGGGUUAAAUGCUAAAGGGUUCAAGGGUUAAAGGGUUAAAUGUUAAAUGCUAAAGGGUUAAAGGGUUAAAUGCUAAAGGGUUCAAGGGUUAAAUCCCGGCCACCCCGCGGUGCUGAUUGAGCACCGAGCCCAUCAAAGGCUCCGCUCCGUCCCCUUGUCCCCAUCCCGGUUCCUUUGUCCCUAUCCCGGUUCCUCUGUCCCCAUCCCGGUCCCCUUUGUGCCCAGUCCGGUUCCUCUGUCCCCAUCCCGGUCCCCUUUGUCCCCAUCCCAGUCCCCUCUGUCCCCAUCCCAGUCCCCUCUGUCCCCACCCCUGUCCCCUCUGUCCAUCCCUGUCCCCUCUGUGCCGAUGCUGCUCCAGCGGCUCCUCCGCAGCCUGGGCUGGGCUCUGCUCCUCCCGCUGGUUCUCCCCGAGCUGCGCCGGCCCGGGCGGUCCCUGCGGGGGCUCGGAGCCGAUCCCGGCCCCAGGGCAGCGCUGCCGGUGCCCUCCGUGCUCUGGAGGAUGUUCCAGCGGAGGAAGGAGCUGCCCCAGCGCGAUCCCUGCCGGGUGGAGGAGCUCCACGUGCCCGGGGACAUCGUGCGGGUCUUUGCGGACCGAGGUACAGCCGUUUCCUCCCCGAGGGAGCAGCCCCAGGCGUGGCUGUGUCUGCGGAAACUCCUGUUCUUCAACCUGUCCCGCGCUAGGAGGGCGAGCUCGGUGACCAUGGCCCAGCUGGAGCUGCAGUUCCAGCACAGCUCCUACCAGGGCAGCCCGGGACAGCCCCUGGAGCUCCGGCUGUACCAGUGUCCCCCCGGGGGCCGCCCCAGCCCCAGGCCGGGCCGGCGGCCGCUGCUGGAGCGCUCAUUCGUGCAGCUGCACAAAUCUCUGCUCUUCGACCUGGGCGCGGCGCUGAAGAGGCCGGGCGGGAGUUUGGCGUUGGUGCUGGAGAUUUCGGCGAGCGGCCGCGGCGGCUGCGCCGGCGGCGACUCCUUGGUGGCCACGUCGCUGCUGGUGGUGACUCUGGGCCGGCAGUGCCGAGCUGGGCGCAGCAGGAGGAGCCCCCCGGCGCCGGCGGUGACCCCCAGCCCCCUGUGCAAACCGCAGCGUCUCUACAUCAGCUUCAGCGACGUGGGCUGGGAGAACUGGAUCAUCGCGCCCCAGGGUUACCUGGCCAACUACUGCGGCGGGGACUGUCCCUUCCCGCUGGCGGCCGAGCUCAACAGCACCAACCACGCCGUGCUGCAGACCAUGGUGCACUCGCUGGACCCCCAGGGCACCCCCCAGCCCUGCUGCGUCCCCGUGCGCCUCUCGCCCAUCUCCAUCCUCUACUACGACAACAGCGACAACGUGGUGCUGCGGCACUACGAGGACAUGGUGGUGGAUGAGUGUGGGUGCAGGUAGAGGGGUUGGGUACAUGGGUGGGGGAUGGAUCCAUGGAUGGAUGAUGGAUGGAUGA